GUCCCAAACUAGAUGUCAAGCUCAGCUGUGCUUGGGAAAGCAUUUUCCAAGAUGGUGUUUAUUUGGUUGCAUUGUUUACUAUAUUUAAGCAAAAAUUACUAAUAUGGAUACGAACAAAUUGAAAAAUGCUGGCUAUACUAACAGAUUUGCUGACUAUUUUGUUAUUUGCGGCCUCGAUUUGAGUUCUGGUCUUGAACCAGACAAUUUCGCAGGCGAUAAUUUGCAACAAACACCUUUGGAAAGACCGUAUAAGUGCAAAGUACUCGGUCACUACCCAGAAAAUGUUUCUUGGAAUCCAUUCGAUUUCAAUGCGGUUUGCAUGUUGAGCCUGCCGCAUGGUCUACAGUUCCACACUCAGAAGCACAUUCUCGAGCCGAAAUUCCAUAGUUUUGUGAUAACCAAAGAGGAUGGCCGCCGCACCUAUGGCUCCAGCUAUGUCUUCUUCGAAGAAGUCAGCAACAGAAAGAUAUGCAGUGCUAUGCAAACGUUGCAAGCAAUGCACUGGGCGGAGCUGUCGAGCGGUCAGUCGCCGGCGACGAAGCCGCGUCCGCUGGACCACAACACGCGGUCACUACCGCGCCACUUCAAGCUGACCGCACACCGACCCAAGGCGGCACAGAGCUACUAUGACCACGCCAAAGACACGCUCUACGUCACCAAGAGCAUCUCUCUCAUAUCGCAGGUGCCCUACGUGCAUGCCAGCCGACUCUUCCUAUCAGGACUCUAUAGAUGUUGGAAAGAUCAGCACCACAUCAGCGUGGACAGCUACGUGUACAACCUGCUCUAUCAGGUGACAGUGCCGCAACCUGGUCGCAGCCUGUCGUUCCACUGCUACCCUGAUUGCACGACGACCAUCCAGCGGCCCAGUGCCAUCGAGGAACUGCCUCUCUUCGACUUCCCGCUGCGCGAGCUGUUCGGCAUGCUCUCUGUCGAGUCAGUGCUACAGCUAUUCACCUGUCUGCAGCUCGAGAAUCAGAUACUGCUUUGCUCGUCUGAAUACCAGAAACUGAUGCUAGUAGCUGAGUCGAUGCUGUGUCUACUAUUUCCUUUUACGUGGCCUCACGUAUACGUGCCCAUACUGCCAGCCUCUCUGCAGCAUUUCCUAGACGCCCCUGUUCCUUUCAUUAUGGGUCUUCAUAGUAGAGAAAAUCGAAUCAAUAUACCUAGCGAGGCAAAUCUGUGUUAUGUAGACUUGGACACUAAGGUGAUGCAGUUACCCGAAGAAUUGCCUUCGUUCCCACAAAAAGCAGAAUUUAUAGCUGAAAUUAAUGACCUGCUAUGUAAAUAUAAAGUUAGCUGUGAUGUUGACAAGAACUCGAAUAGUCUAACCAACUCGCCAUGCUGCGACAAGCCAAGCUCAGGUGUGGGUGGAGGGGACAUAAUGACGACUAGUUGCACUCUGCCCUCCUCGACGUGGCGACCUCGCAAGCACUCGUGGGCCAACGACCUCGACGAGGACGCCAACCACUACGAGUCGAGUGGCUCGGACACGCUCAGGCGCAUCAUAUCGCUCGCCAGGAAAACUAGGGUAAGUUUGGAGGGAAUCGGCUCGUUGGACUGGGAUGGAUAUGCGGAGCCAGAUGUUGACGACAAUGACGCAGAGCACAUUUUGGACGAAGAAGGCCAGUACACCCAGGAACUGCUCUUCAAUAACGCUUUAAGAGAAAUAUUUCUCAAUAGAUUUGUACAUAUAUUUUCAAACUACGAAAACUUCGUCAUUCAACCCAGUCAAGACAGAGAACAGUGGAUGAACGAGCGCGAAUCGAUGCAGAACUUUGACAAGGCGACGUUCCUGUCGGACCAGCCGCAACAACACCAGCCGUUCCUGUCGCGCUUCAUCGAGACGCAAAUGUUCGCGACGCUGGUUGACAACAAGAUCAUGAGCGCCUGGAUGAAGGUCGAGCCCAACCUGCGCGUGUUCGAGCGACGCAUCAAGCUGCUGCGCAAACGCUACUGCGACGGCGCAGUGCGCACGGCCCACCACGAGGCCUGUCGAGAACAUCGCUACUGCGACUGCGCAGUGCGCAUGUCUCACUACGAGGCCUGUCUCAGCAUCAACGACUCGGAGAGGCUGCUUGAGAAGCGCAUGGCCAGUGUUGAUGUGGAGGUGGCAGCGCCUCAGGAGUUGUUGUCCAAUCACGUGACACGUAACACGAGGGCUGGAUUUCCGUUGCUUGAUUCCACGCUGCUCAAUCAGGAGCUCGCUCAGCGGAGCAGACGACAGAGGAACGUGAGCAAACAGCUGACACACAGCGUGUCGUCGGUGUCGCUGGACGAGUUGGACAGUGGGUGCGAGGUGGCGCCCAGGCAGCAGCCUCCGCCACAACACCACCUCAAGUCGCUGCCUCGGGCUAAGUCUCGCAGCAGCGAGGCCAAGCCGCUGGGCUCGGCCACCCUGGCGCCAACUCCCUCGCUGCACCCACACACCACCCCAGACAUGAGUCCCGCGCUCAUCGCGCAGACCAACUGGAAUUUCGUCGAAACCCUGCUCAAGGAUUGUAAAGCAAAGACAAAGCGAAUGUUGGUUGAAAAGAUGGGAAUGGAAGGAGUGGAACUGGGCAAUACUGGACAAACUUCGUUGGUUGAAGAGAACACCCUGAUUGCUAGUCUCUGUGAUUUGCUUGAAAGAAUUUGGUCCCAUGGACUACAAGCUAAACAGGGUAAAUCGGCAUUAUGGGCGCACCUAAUGAACUUUCAAGAACUUGAAGACUGUGACGACUCGAACAAAUCAAUAGAUCCUAAUUUUUUAACUCCUGACUUGUCUUCUCCUGCAAUGGACAGAUCACCGCUUGUGAAAUCAAAUCGAAGCAGAUCGGAGACUAGAACCAGUUCCAGACAGUUCCAGAGCCACGACGAGAGUGUUGGACAACCAUUUCUCAGGCCGUUACCUUGUAGCUUGACUUAUGACUUGAGAUGCAUUCAAUCAAUGGCCGAAAUAAAGACGCAAAUAGGAUACGCUAGAGCAUUUGUUCGGCUGUCUCUUGAGAAGAAGGUUCUUUCCCGACAUCUGAAAACUCUUCUAGCCGAUUCUGCUUUGUUGAAAAGUCAGUACAAGAGAUAUGCAUUUCUAAGGUGCGAGGAAGAGAAAGAACAGUUCCUGUAUCAUCUACUCACAUUGAACGCUGUUGACUAUUACUGUUUCACCAAUACCUACACAAAUACAAGAAUGCUGUACAGAGUAGCAAUUUUUCCUACAAGGAAAAGCAGCGCAUCAAGCACAACAGCAAAUUGUUGGGUGGCUGUAUCUGGCAGUAAUGGAGAAACCCAGCAGCUGCCUGUUCCUAAAGGAGCGCUACAUUUCACGUUCUCGCAUAGGAAUCUCGGUUUGUUGACAACUUUGAGGAUAGGCCAUGACAAUUCAGGACUGAGUCCCAAAUGGAUGGUUGAGCAUGUCAUUGCCAGGAAUGAGGUUACCGGACAUACUUACCUGUUCCCGUGCGGACGCUGGCUGGGACGGGGCGUGGACGACGACUCGACGGAGCGCCUGCUGGUGGGGGAAAAGUUGGCAGGGGCAGGGGAGGGGGGACGCCACCCCAGCUGCUCCAAUUCGGGGUCCAACAGUCCGCGCGUCAGGAGUCCCAGUGUGCCUCCGCCAAGGCGUUCGCUCCCUAUCGCCGACGUUCAGCAUAUGCUCGGUGAUUGUUUGAACCGGAUCGUGAAAUACUUCUACAGAGCUCAAGCCAAAGAUGGGCCUAACAGUUCACUAACCAUGCUACUGUGUGGUGAAAAUGGUCUAGUCUAUUGUCUGGAACAUGUUUUCUUUCAUGGGUACAAAUCUAUAAGACUGUUUGGCCGUAAUCUCUAUGUAUGGGACUUCAUAGAACGCGUCAAAGACGAAAAAGAGCACAAUAUUAGACGGAGUGAUAUUGUCGGCUACUACUGCCACUUAGUUGAUAGGAUACAAAGCUACAGUAACGCACUAGGCAAGGAUGGACGAUUUCAGCAGUUUGUCUGCGUUUCAAUAAGAGACAGGAAGCUAGAUCUGUGCAUCGAACACGUGAUGGCAGACUCUCAAGCUGUGUUGGACAUGUAUGAGGAACAUUCAUUCCUUCGUGACCCAAAUCUCAGAAUGUACCUCACACAAAUGCUCUACUCAUUGAAUGAGUUCGAUAUAGUAUUGGAGAAGUCUCUCACUCAAGGAAUAUCUGCUUUCAGAUAAAUCUCAUUUUAAUUUUAAGGUAAUUAUUGUUAUUGCUCUCGUGUUCCUCUAAAUCCAUUAGAUAUUAUAAUUCAGAACUAUUUUGCCCUGUUGCACAAAAUCCUGUUGAAUUUUAAUUAUAAUUAAAUGCCACGAGAAACCAUCAGAGAAUGUUUUUUUAUAUUAAGGCUCCUCUGAUGGGUACUCGUGACAGUUAAUCACGAUUAAACUUCAACAGGCUUUUGUGCAACCGGGACAGUGAAUUAUAUGAAUGUUAUGUGACAUUUUUCGAAAGAGAUAAUUUGUUAUCGAAUGUAUAGGUAAUUUAAGUUUAAAACACGCAUAAGAUUGAAGCCAGUAUAAAUAUUACUUCUCUGAAAUCUCUCCCAUACUUUUCAAUUAAUUACUGAUGUACUUUCAUUACUUACGAACAGUUCAAUCAAAUCAUUGUACAAUAAGUUGGUUGAUUUGCUAAUAUUGUAAAGCAAUUGAUGUUUUGUUUCAAAUGUAUCAAAUCAAAUAGGUUUUAUUUAGCAUGAUCAAUUUACAAAAUUCAUAAAAUUCAGCAUCUUUAGAGUAAAAAAACUGUAGUUAGGGUGAAAUAUGUAUUCAUGAAUACAAUUACAAAUCAUAUUAAUAUAGAUAUGACUGCUCAGCCCAAAAUUGCUCUACUCCCAAAUUUUAUAAAUAGAAAAAUUUCCAAAACAUAAGUUAUAUUUUCACUGCUAAGAAUUUGAGUUGAAAAUGAAAAUUUAGAAGUUCUUAUUAGCCUAUCGCAUUCUUGAAAUAUAUGAGGUAGACUCUUACACUAUAUCAUCAUACUUUUUCUUGUAAAAUGUUCAUCCUCACAUGAACUGUGAUCCAAAAUUGUAUCAAAUACCAUAUUUACAAAAUCUGGACGCACUUCAAAGCACUGGUCUCCAUCUUCAGCAAUGGUUACUCAAGAAACAUCAGGGUAGGCCUAUCCUAAAGAGCUGAUGUCACACUCUUCAAUUAAUUAGUAUACUUUUAACAUCAAUAAUAGUUUUUUGAAAAAUUGGCUGAAUAUAUUUUUUUGAAUUUUUUAGGGUUAUUGUAGUGAUCCUGUUGUUAAUUCUUGUUAAGACUCAUUGAAAAUGCUUUGUUUCAUUUGCAGAUUGAACAAAAUGGAAUAAAACUAAUGAACAAGAUGGUUGUUAAUAACUUUAUGGCAGCAAAAUAUGACAAAUUAGAAUGUAUGGUUAAAACUAAUUGUAUCAGUGAUCUUGUAAAUAGUUGUAAGUUAAUUUAGUUUGUCCUUGUCUUUCAUUUCGUUUUCGAGAUAGCAUUUUUUAUAUUCUGUGAUAGAUCAACGUAAAUGAUAUUUCCUAAUGUUUGAUUCUAGUCAUUAGUUUAGAUGUUGGAAAGUAUCUGUCUAAUACCUAAGUCUUGAAUGUAUAUCAAAGAUGUGAAUGUUUCACAUAGAUUAUAUUCAUUUUUGUAAAAAA